ACGUCAUCUUACAAGGUUGCUAGCUAGGCAGCCAUUCCAAGACCUACGUGCUCGCAUUACUUCUAGUCGAAACUUAGGAUUCGUCCAUUACCGUCACCAUUCGCCACGACCCGCGUGUUACAUCUUUGAAAGGUGACGCAUCUUACCUAACCUUGGUUGGAAGUUUUCUGGGAAUCGUCGCUCCUCCCUAAAACCUAAAGCGUAGAAAAUUGUGCUGAGUCAAACAGACGCGCGGUCGCGCAAUGGCCACCGCUUCCGGCAAUAUCCUGCCGCUAAUAGCUGACGGCACCGUCAAAGCCCUAUGGCACGAUAUCCUUCUCUUUCCGCCGCCCUCCUCUUCCGCCUCUUCCGCCGGCCCCUCCGCCACUUCCCCCGACAGCUCAUACGGCGACGUAAUCCCCAGCUACACCUCCUCCUUCUCCACUAACCCCCCGCCGCCCGACAACCUCUGCAUUUUCAUCUGCACGCGCACGCGCUCCACGGAAGCCGCCAAUGCCGCCGCCGGGGGGACGAAAAAGCCGAGCAACUCCGCGUUCCGCACGCGGCGGCGGCGGCUGCUGCUGAGCGGCGCGACGGAGUUCGACGAAAACGAGGACCUGCCGUGGAACAUGGGCGUUAUCCCGCAGACAUGCGUGCUCGCGUGCGGAGCCGCGGGCGACGCGGACGGCGGCGCGGGGGGAAGCAGCAGCGGUGCUAAUAGCGCGCCGCUAAGUGCUAUUGACACAGCAAGCGGGAAUGCCGCCGGCGGCGGCGGCGGCGGCGGCUCUUCGGACGGGUUUUCGUCGCUGUUCGACUAUGCUCCGAUACAAGCAAUCGAGAUAGGCUCGGCGGCGCGCGAGGUCGGGGAUAUAUACGGCGUGAUCCCGCUAGCGGCGCUGCCGGUGCAGCGGCCUAAUAUGGGCGGGUCGGAGGUUUCUUACAGGCUGAUUGUGAUCGCUGCGGAUGAUCCGUUAAUGAUUCCGGAAGCGAGUGGUUAUAACGGGUUUGGAGUGGCGACGAUUGGGGAGGGCCAGAUCGCGGAGCGGGAGGAGUUGCAAGAGGAGGUGGAGCGGUGGGCCGUCAAAUGCGGCUUCGCUAAUAGAGUCGAUGAUUGGGAUCUUCAGGAGGGCAAGGACGCGGACACGGUCUUAAUCGACGCGCACCGCGUCUGGAAGCUAAUCUUCCCGACUCUCCGCAAGCCGACGCGCCUCAACCGCGGCGCGACCUUCAAACGCCUCGAUCCACGGGCCUCUCUCGGCGCGCGUCCCGGGAGUCCCGCCGUCGCGCCGUCGCGCGUCCUCGAGCUCGUCGCGAAGCCGGCGGAGACGUGCGUAAUUUCCGCCGCGAAAUCCGCGUCGUUCUCGCACAGGGGAUCUGCGCGAAAGUACAACGCGCAGGAAUUCGGCCGCGCGAGGACCGUCGGCGGCGGCGAGUUUUACCGAAGCGGCGGCUACGGCGACAGCUCUAGCAGCUUCGGCAACGACAGCUUCGGUGGAUUGGACAGCCCGCGCACAAGCACCGGCUACGGAGGCAGCGACGCCGAUUCGCUAUCCCCCUACCCGCAGCAGUCCCCAAGCAGCGGGUUCGGCGGCGGAAGCGGCGGAAACGGGAACACUAUCAGACGGGCGGGUCUCCCUCCCGCGUCCCCCCCCGUGCGACGAGUUCACAGCGUGGAGCAAUUCUCCGGGGAGGACGGCCCGGCGUCGGCGGGAUUAAGUAGAUCUGUAACCAAGUCAGCGCUAGUCCGAAGCUCGACGGUUCUGUCGAAAAGCAAAUCGUCUCGAGGGAUGAUCAAAAGCGUGAGCAUGAUAGAGAAGAGAAAUACGGGGGACGAUGGGAGCAGCAGCGGCAGAGGCGGGGGGUCGUGGUUUAGGCGCAGCAGCAGCAAGGGCGGAGCCGUGCAGCGAUCAGAGUCGACGAGUUUGGACUGGCGGGAAUCGGACGGUUGCGAUGACGCGAGGGGUAGCGGAUGGGGGAGAAUUUCGAGAGGGGGAGGCGGGGCGGAAGUCGCAGGGAAGGGGGAAGGCGGGAGGGGAUUGUUCACGCGCAGCCGCACUUCAGCGCAACUUGGGGGUGCGCGAGUGGUGUCUGGGGGGAGCGGAAAGGGGGACGGCGAUCUCCCGCCUUACGCCCCCUUUACUCGUCGCCACACGCACCAUGGCGACGGUAGAAACGACGUCAGCAGCGCUAGCGAAACGGCGGACGAAGAUUUGUAUUUCGUGGAGGAUAAUGGUAACGGGACUGGGUUGGAAUCGGCCAAUCAAAAGGAGAUUCUGAAAGCGCGUCAGCCGCAGCGGGCAGCGUGGAUGAAAAAAGCCAUGAGCAUGAAAGUGACAAACGGGCUUCACCAUAAGCACACCCACAACAGUCAAGAUCACCAUCUACAACAGACAGAUAGCUACAGUCCACAGUCUAUGGGUUCUUCAUACAUGGGAAAAGAUGAAGACUUGUAUGGAGACCUCGCUAGUGAGGAUAACGUGUUCCUCAAUCUCGAUAGUCCUGCAGUUGCUACAGUACAGUGCUUUAAAGGAGCUAAGAAGAGUACCCCCAACCGCACUCCCAACCGCUCCCCCACCCGAUCCCCUAGUAACUUCUCCACUCGCUCGUUUCAAGCUGCCUCUGCUCCUUCCAGCCGCAGAGCCUCAUUAGAUACUCCAUCUGAAAUCGGUUUGGAUAAGAUCCGCCCACCAUCCGCAUCAACAUCAUCAUCAUCAUCAGCAGCAGCAGCAGAUGUAGCUACUGAUUAUAACGGGGGCAGACCAGCAGCAACAAGAAGCAGAGUGGUGGGUUUUAGAGAUGAGAAAGGGUGCAGCAGCCCCAGCAGUCCCAGCGGUUCCUCCAGCAGCAGCAGCAACCCUAAGGUACUUGCCAUGCGCGACAGCAAGCUGCGUGCUUCUAAAGGGGCCCUGCAGAAGCUGAAGGUCCCAGCCCAAUGACAAGCAGCAGCCACGUCAGCAGCAGUCAGCAUCCCAGCAGGAGUACAUUUUUGGCAAAUGGAGCACGCCAGGUUUGCCGAGAGGGAGUGAGGUUAUGCAAGAAGAGGACGAGGUUAAGUGGAAUUGCAGGUAUGCAAAAGUGAGAAUAUGUGGGGUGGAAGGAAUAGAAUUGUUAGGUUAUCAUUAGAGUGUGGCAUGGUGCACAGGAAGAGGCAGAGAGGGAGUGAGUGAGGGAGUGAGUGAGGGAGUGAGGGAGUGAGUGAGGGAGUGAGGGAGUGAGUGAGGGCUGUAAUAGUGAAGGAGUGAAGAACGGAGUGAGAGAGGAGUGAGGAGGCGUGGGCACAAGGAAGUGAGGGAGUGGGAAGCUAUGGUAUGCAAGAGUUGAAGAAGGGGAGUGCCGUAGUAGUGGUGGAGUGAAGGGGAGUGGUAGUGGUUCAGGAGUGAAGGACAGAGGCAUGGCAUGGCAGGAGUGGGAAUGGCACUUUUUUCAUACGGCAUCAGCAGCAGCAGAAGCAGCGGCAGAAGCAGCAGCAGAAGCAGAAGCAGAAGCAGAAGCAGAAGCAGAUGGGUGGAGAAUUAACCCCUCGAGGAAGGCGAGACAUGGACCAAUCCCGGGGUUGGUGCAGGGAGAGGGAGAGAGAGCAGAAACCCGAAUUAUCCGAGGGUUGACUAGCAAGGGAAGGCAAGUUGAAGUGGUUCCUGGCGUGCUUUUGCUUGG